CCUUCAUUCAUUAUGCACCUAGUGCUGGGUGCUUGGUACAGGGGGUUGAAUCAGACCCCGUUCCUGCCUUCGGGGAGUUCAGGGGAUGGUGAGAACACGGACCUAGGCUCCGACAGUGACAGCUCUGAGUAAAGAAGUCGCCGAAGCAGUGGGACACUAGACGCGGGGAAGGCUUCCUGGAGGAAGUGAGGCCUAAACUGAGCCUUGAAGAAUGGUUGAGUUUGCUCCAGGAAUAUAUUGCAAAGGCAUUCUUGGCGGAAGGACCUGAGACGUGAAAGAAACAGGCGUAUUCUGGUAAUUUCGAGGAGAGGUCGACAGUGUUGGGAGUUGGAGUGACCCGGCUGGAUGUGACCCCCAAGACAGAAUGGUGCUGGACUCCGGGGCUCAGGCAUAUGAUCAGGCACCCCCCAGCCCGCCUACCAGUCCCCCAUCCCUGCGCCAUAGGCUGAAGCCCUCAGACCGAGAUGGGCCACCACUGUACCCCUGGUCUCAGUCCCUGGCCUUGCCUCUGGCUCUGGCAGUCCCCCCAGCACUGCAGCCCCAGCCUGAGCAGCAGCCCUUCUCACAGAUGCACCUGGGCCACCGUGGCCACAUGCGUCGCAGUGAGAGCACCUACUCUGUAAAUAGUACUGGCCGGCGGGGACGUGGCACCCUGGGACGGCCUCCACCUGGACGGGGACAGAACCCAGGCGGGGGCACCCUGCGGCCUGCAGCCUCCCUGCCUCACAUUGCUAAAACUCAAAGGGAUGCAGGCCAUAGUGCCAGCAAGAACCCCUGCAUGUUGGUGGCCCUGCGGCCAACCAAUAUGGACCGUGAGCGGGACAAGUUCUUCCAGUCCCAUUACACCUACAAUCCACAGUUCGAGUACCAGGAGCCCAUGCCCACAGCUGUGUUGGAGAAGUACUGCGAGGCCUCUGGACAGUUCAUCCAUCAGGCAGUUGGCAUCAUUGAGGCUGUUCUGGAGAAGUUUGGAACCUAUGAACACUUUGAGGCUGCCACCGGGGGGCAGCUGCUCACCAAGUGCCAGAUAUGGUCCAUUGUGCGCAAAUACAUGCAGAAGGAGGGCUGCGUCGGGGAGGUUGUGGUGCAGCUGAGUGAGGACCUGCUGUCCCAGGCAGUGAUGAUGGUGGAGAACAGCCGGCCCACAUUGGCGAUCAACCUGACCGGAGCCCGCCAGUACUGGUUGGAGGGCAUGCUGCGGCAUGAGAUAGGCACCCAUUACCUGCGGGGCGUGAACAACGCGCGCCAGCCGUGGCACAAUGCGGAGGGCCGGCUGCGGUACGGGCUGCGGCCGGCGAACCCCACGGAGGAGGGCCUGGCCAGCCUACACAGCGUGCUGUUCCGCAAGCAGCCGUUCUUGUGGCGCGCUGCGCUGCUCUACUACACGAUCCACCGCGCCGCGCGCAUGUCCUUCCGUCAGCUCUUCCAGGACCUGGCGCGCUACGUGCAGGACGCCGACGUGCGCUGGGAGUACUGCGUGCGCGCCAAGCGCGGCCAGACCGACACCUCGCUGCCAGGUUGUUUCAGCAAGGACCAGGUGUACCUGGACGGCAUCGUGCGCAUUCUGAGACAUCGCCAAACCAUCGAUUUCCCGCUGCUGACCUCACUGGGCAAGGUAUCCUAUGAGGAUGUGGACCACCUGCGGCCCCAUGGGGUGCUGGAUAAUACCCGGGUGCCCCACUUCAUGCAGGACUUGGCACGCUACCGGCAGCAGCUGGAGCACAUCAUGGCCACCAACCGGCUGGAUGAGGCAGAGCUGGGUCGCCUGCUACCCGACUGAUGUCCGUUGAGGGCUGCAGACAGAGGCCCUGGACAGAAGCUCCAGAUAGGCCCCCAGAACAUGAAGCUGUUUGCUCCAUGCUUCCACGGCCUGGGUGUUUAUUGGGGGUGUUGGGAGGGCAGGAGCAUUCCUUGAGGAGGAGUGGCAACAUCAAAGGGUUUGUGUCCCUUGCUAGCCUCCCUGGGGCCUGGGGACCUGCAACAGCAUGUCUGGCAAACUGAGUCCCCCUCCUGCCUCCAGCUCUCUGUUGAGCAGAGGGAAGGCAUGGGGACAGGAAGGGAGCUGAGCAUUGAUGGGGAUGGGGGUGGUUUGGGAAUAGAAACUUGUUCUUGCAUGAGACGGCUUGGUUGUCCCGGUACUCCAGUCUCCCUCCCUCACCUGGCCCCUUGGUGCUCUUUCAGCAGUCGUGCUGUCUACCUCUCACUGGGUCCUGGUAGGGGUUGGGAUCUCUUCUCCCGGGGUGAUUGAUGGCCUGAGCCUGGGGUCCUGGUAGUAGAGACCCAGCUGGUCUGGGGUCUGCUUUCUGACAUUUUGCCUCUGUCACUGGUCAUGUAUUUAUUCCAUAUUUAUAUGGUCUACUUCCUGUGACUGGGAGCAGCAGCUCCUGAAGGUUUUGUGGGCAGGGGAACAGGACAUUCCUUCCUAGAAGGCACCAAUUUUCCCAGCCCCACUCCCAUUACACACACACACACACACAUACAGUGAUUCAGGCCUUGAGAGUCAAGCCCAAGAGCUCCCUUGGCCCUGUCCCCACUCCCUCCACUGGCCUCUGCUGUUCCUGUCCUUGCUCACACCCUUACAUCUGGUCUCUGGCAGAGGUUGGCAUAGCCUAGGAGCAGCUGCAAUUGCGCCUGAGGGACAGGCCCUAGAGUUUGGUGGCCCAAGUCCUGAACCCCUCUUGGACCAGGUGAGGUGCAGAGGUGGUUGCUGCUUCCAGUUUCCCUUCAGACUUAGCUGUAUGAGCCCCACUCCUAUCCUUUGGCCUUAGUUUUCCCAUCUGUAAAACUCAGAAACACAGUUGGAAAGUCCUUGUUCAUUUAGUCAGUGAAUAUAUUAUAAUAUGUAUAGAGCUCCUUUUGUGUAAGUUACUGGUCAGAGUCCUCACUGAGCUCCCAGUCCAGAGGGAAGCCAGACAAUUAAAACAGUAAUGAC